CGAACCGACCCGUUUGCCAGGUCUAACUAUGGAAAGGAAGUCAUUACACAGAGAAAGAUGUUGCAAUCGUUGUGAGGCAGAUACCGAGAGCUGCAGCAGAAUGUCAUUUACAUGGUUUGAUGACUGUGAUUGUGAGAAGGACGGUGUUUGUGUGUCUAACCGCGAGAAGCUGGAGCUGGAACGGCACAUCGAACAGAUAUUGUGUUUGCCAAUGGACAUUUGGAUAAUCCUUUGUACUCUUCAAACAUUGGAUUUGGUGAUGCCACUAGGCGUAACAUCGACCAUACUAUUGCAUCCGACACAUAAACCAAAUAAUCAAAUAGAACGUAAAGUUCUAAUUGGUUAAUUUGUUUA